GGGAGGAGGAGGAGGAGGAGGAGGAAUGCAGUGGAUUCUCAAGUAACUCCUGCACAUUUUAAACAUGGACAACUGGCUGAGUGUGUGUGUGCUUGUGGGACUUCAGGUCGCCUGCUGCCUCGCGUAUGACGGGUCGGGGUACUGGCAUUACACUGACGAUGAGGAUGUAAGAUACACAGGUGUGCCAUGGUGUGCUCCAGUCAAAGUGAAGCAUGGGCAUGCAAGCUGCCAAACACCACGUGGUGAGCAUUAUAAGAACGUGUUGGGAACCCGCUGUAAAGUCCACUGCAAGAGAGGCUACGAGCUCCACGGCAGCAGCGAGAUACUCUGCAUGGCCAGCAAACAGUGGUCAGGAAAAUACACCUGCAGAGAGGUCCGUUGUCCGGCACUGGCCAUGCCAUCUAACGGUGGAUUUAAGUGUUCAGAUGGUUCCUACUACAACUCCCACUGCCAGUUCUUCUGUUCACCAGGAUACACACUCCGUGGAGACCGCAGUGUCACCUGCCAAAGCAGCAAGGCAUGGAGCGGCGGCCAGAGUUUGUGUCUGGAUCUGGAUCCUCCAGUCAUAAAGUGUCCAAAUGUGAAGGAGAAGACAGCCGAGCCAGGAAAAGUGACUGCGAAAGUGACCUGGGAUACACCGGAAGGCAAAGACACGGCAGAUGGCAUACUCACAGAUGUAAUACUAAAGGGGAAGCCUCCAGGAACACACUUUACAGAGGGAAACCAUAAACAGUCAUACACAGUGUUCGACCGGGCGGGGAACAAAGCUACCUGUAAAUUCAACAUCAGAGUAAAAGUGCGCCGCUGCGUUCCUCUCUCAGUGCCUGAGAAUGGCUGGAUGAAGUGUGACGGUGCAGGUGAUAAUUAUGGUGCAACAUGUGAUUUCCGCUGCCUGGGAGGUUAUGAGCUGAGAGGCAGCGCUGCUCGAGUUUGCCAGUUCAACAUGGAAUGGUCUGGGCUGGAAUCCAGCUGUGCAUCCAUGAACAUAAAUGUCGGAGUGCGGUCUGCUGCUCAGCUACUGGACCAGUUCUAUGAGAAACGUCGUCUGCUCAUCAUCUCCACCCCCACAGCUGCCAACCAUUACUACAGGUUCCAAAUGACCAAUUUACAGCAAGCACAGUGUGGCUUGGACUUAAGGCAUGUGACCGUGAUUGAACUAGUGGGAAGGUUUCCAUCUCAAAUAGGACGUAUUAGAUACCAACUCCUCCCUCCAGGACUGGCCCUACAGCUCAGAAUGCUGCUGCAACUGUCUCAGAAUUCAUUUAAUGUGGUGCUGCUGGACAAACAGGGAGUGGACAAACAGCGCUACACAUACCCGGUUACAGCAGCAGAGAUCUUCAGCAUUAUUGACUCCAUCCCCCUGCGCACUGAAGAGGCCCUUCUGCAGAAAGAAGCAGGUCAUGGCUGCUAGACAACUAGACAACCCCCCCCCACACACACACACUCACACACUCAAACACAUCCCAACCUCAACAUCCACUCUCUCUCUCUCUCUCUCUCACACACACACACACACACACACACACACAGAGCCGUAAAUGCAUGAGUGACUUUUUUUAUAUACAUAUUUGAGAUUUGUAAGAUGCUCUAGUAUUUUUGUGUCAAUCUACAGUGCCCUCUACUAAUAAUGGCACCCUUGGUAAAUAUGAGUGAAGAAGGCUGUGAACAAUUGUCUUUAUUGUUUAACCUUUUGAUCUUUUGUAAAAAAAAUUUUUUUAAAAAUCACAAUAAUUCUCUGCUCUCUUGGAUAUCAAACAGUUACAAACACAACACAGGUUUAUAUAUAUAUAUAUAUAUAUAUAUAUAUAUAUAUAUAUAUAUAUAUAUAUAUAUAUAUAUAUAUAUAUCUUUGUUAAAUAUAGGUGUGUGACAAUUAUUUCCACCCCUAUGAAUUCAUUUGAGAAAAAUAUAUUUGAAGUAUAUUGUCCUUAAUAUUUAAAAAAAAAAUUUAGCACACCUGGGUGACUAGGAAAAGGAAAUUGUUCAGCCAUGACUUCCUGUUUCACAGGGGUAUAAAUAUGAGGUAACACACAGGCCAAAUUCCCUUAGUCAUUCAUAACAAUGGGUAAGAGCAAGGAAUAUAGCUGUGAUGUGCGGCAAAAGGUUGUUGAGAUUCACAAAAUGGGAUGUGGCUAUAAGGAAAUAGCAGAAGCAUUGAAAAUGCCCAUUUCCACCAUCAGGGCAAUAAUUAGGAAGUUCCAGUCAACUGGAAAUGUUAUGAAUCAACCUGGAAUUGGAUGUGUGUCUAUAUCGUCUCAACACACUGCGAAGAGGACGGUUCGAGUGGAUUAAACAUCUCCAAGGAUCACAGCUGGAGAACUGCAGAAGUUAGCUGUGUCUUGGGGUCAGAAAGUCUCCAAAACUACAAUCUGAAGUCACCUACAUUACCACAAGUUGUUUGGAAGGGGUUCAAGAAAAAAGCCUCUACUCUCAUCCAGAAACAAACUCGAGCGUCUUCAGUGUGCCGACACUACUGGAACUUCAAAUGGGAUCGGGUUCUAUGGUCAGAUGAAACCAGAAUAGAGCUUUUUGGUAAUAAACACCAGAGGUGGUUUUGGAGCACACAGAGAGGUAGCCAUAUGGAAAAGUCCCUCAUGUCCACGGUUAAAUAUGGAGGAGGAUCUUUAAUGUUCUGGGGCUGUUUUUCUGCCAGAGGACCUGCACAUUUUGUUAGGAUACAUGGCAUCAUGGACUCCAUCAAAUAUCAACAGAUAUUAAAUGAAAACCUGACUGCCUCUGCCAGAAAGAUUCAAACGAUCCGUGGUUGGAUCUUCCAGCAGGACAAUGAUCCAAAACAUCAUCAAAAUCAACACAGAAAUGGUUUACUGACCACAAAAUCAAGAUCCUGCCAUGACCAUCCCAGUCCCCUGACCUGAACCCCAUAGAAAACCUGUGGGGUGAACUGAAGAGGAGAGUCCACCAGUGUGGACCUCGAAAUGUGAAGGAUCUGGAGAGGUUCUGUAUGGAGGAACGGUCUCAGAUCCCUCACCAUGUAUUCUCCAACCUCAUCAGGCAUUAAAGGAGAAGACUCAGAGCUGUUAUCAUGGCAAAGCGAGGUAGCACAAAGUACUGACUAAAAGGGUGCCAUUAAUUGUUGCACACCUAUAUUUCACAAAGAUAUUUUUUUAUAAACCUGUGUUGUGUUUCGCAAUUGUUUGAUAUCCAUGACAGCAGAGUAUUUCUGUGACUUUUUUGAACAAAAGAUCAAAAGAUUAAACAAUAAAGACAAUUUUUCACAGCCUCCUUCGCUCCUAUUUACCAAGGGUGCCAAUAUUAGCGGAGAGCACUGUAUAUAUUAUUGUGUCAAUAUUUAUACUAUUCUGUCAUAAUAUAUACUUUGACCUCAUCCAGUCCAAUUUAAACUGUUUACUUGGCUUUAAGAAAGACAAUAUGCUCACUUUAAUGUCUAAUACCAAUGUGUGAUGUUACUGUAUGCUUGGCAACUCUGUCCACCGAAUAAAUAUCAAGUUCAUUAACGUUA